UUUACCAGGAAAUAAAAAACCGCUAUGUAGCUAAACUGCAUAGGUGAAAACGAGCAACAUCGUGGCUAUUAUUAUUUUUUAUAAUGAUUUAAAACGUCAGGGCGGUAUAGUAUAAACUCGAUAUGAAAGUGAGAUAACUAAAGUGUAUUCGCUGUUAAGAACAGAUAUGGAGAAGCAGUCGAGUCUGUUGUCUUCUCAGCUUUGUAUUCAGCGCAGACAGUAUGAGGUCACAUUAAACUCUUUCUUUCUCGCGUGGAAAGAGAUACAAACGGCCAAAAAAUACACCGGACGCGCCAUAUAUGGAGCUUUCAAAGCGGGUAGUCACUGUGUCCCAGUGUUUGAGAUCAUAGCCGUUCAGGAAAAGGAAGACGACGCUCCCACUAAAGACACUGGAAAAUGGCAGAAAGUUCCUCAAAGUCCAGUGCACUCCAGUCAGCACGCUUUUACAGUGUUCUACGUGGAGAGGAUGAGGCAGCACUGCUGGCGGUGCAGCGACGUGACCUUCCACUGCUCUGAAUGGGCCGUGUGUCUGCUCUGGGUCCAAACUAUUAGGGAACAACUUGCAUUGUUGACCAAUCGACCGAAAAGCUUGCUGGUGUACAUCAACCCCUACGGAGGAAAACAGCGUGGGAAGCAGAUUUAUGACCACAAAGUGGCCCCCGUCUUUUCCCGGGCUUCUAUUUCCACCGAUGUGAUUGUUACAGAGUGUGCAAAUCAUGCCAGGGACCACUUGAAGACGGAUGCCGAUUUGAAGAAGUAUGACGGUGUGGUGUGUGUUGGAGGAGACGGCAUGUUCAGUGAGAUCAUGCAUGGCCUCGUCUCCCGUACGCAGCAGGAUGCCGGUGUGGACGAGAACUCGACAGAAGGGACCCUUGUUCCUUGUGGACUUCGCAUCGGCAUCAUUCCUGCAGGUUCCACUGACUGUAUCUGCUACGCCACAGUUGGCUCCAAUGACCCUGUGACAUCUGCACUGCACAUCAUUGUGGGUGAUUCUCAGCCGAUGGACGUUUGCUCAGUGCACAGUGACGUCAACUUCCUGCGUUACUCUGUGUCUCUGCUAGGUUACGGAUUCUACGGGGACGUGCUGACAGACAGUGAGAGGAAGCGCUGGAUGGGCCCAGCUCGCUACGAUAUCUCAGGUGUUAAAACAUUUCUGUCACAUCGCUACUAUGAGGGAACUGUGUCUUUCUUACCGGCUGAAGGGAACUUGGGAACUCCCCGAGACAAAAUCCAAUGUCGAUCAGGGUGUACUAUUUGUCAGCGAUCUUCGUCUGAUAAGCUGGUCAGCAAAGAUGAAGACAGUGUUUCAGAUGCUGAAUGUCGGGACAUGUGGACGGUUAUCAGAGGGAAGUUCCUGGCCAUCAACGCUGCCAGCAUGAGUUGUGCAUGUCCUCGCAGUCCUAAAGGCCUGUCGCCAUCAGCGCACCUCGCAGAUGGAACCACUGACCUCAUCCUCGUCAGGAAGUGCUCUCGUCUUGACUUCCUGCGUCACCUGCUGCGCCACACCAAUAAAGAUGACCAGUUUGAUCACUCUUUUGUGGAGGUGUAUCGGGUCAGACAGUUCAGCUUCAAACCCAGACAUCAGGAGUGUGAUUCAGAGAUGGACCUAAGAGAGAGUGGAGCAGGAGGCAAGCGCUGCUUCAGUCAGAUUUGCAGGGAACACAGAGCCUGCGGCUGCAUGCCGGUCCAGAGCAACUGGAACUGUGAUGGAGAGAUCCUCCCACACACUGCCAUUCAAGUCAGGGUCCACUGCCAGUUGAUCAGAUUGUUUGCGAGAGGAAUUGAAGAGCAGUCGGUGUUUGAAGACCCGUACGCUCUUUGUGCAAUAUAGAUCUCCAUGAAUUCACUCGAGAAACCUCCCGCUUGAUCAUGAAGGAUUGACACUCUUUGAACGGAAGUGUUGCUUUUGGCUCAGCACAGUGUCACACUGUUUCUUACACUCUUACACCCAGAUACUCCUCAUGAAGAUAUCUUUAGUUGAGGAAACAUGCAGAGCUGGAGGGAUUUGCAUCUUCAUAAUGUCUCCAUACAGGCUGUAAAACUUUUAGAUUCAGACAAGAUAGGGUUAGCUGUUCAUGCUAGACUUUAGCAUUUUUUGUCAUUUCACCUCUCACAGACCUUGACGUUGCUGAUGAAAUCUCUUGCUGUGUGCAACUGCUUCUAGCUUUGGAGUUGUCUGCAUUGUCUUCCACAAUCAAGCUGGUCUUGAAAGUAGCGUGAAUUCAGUCCCAAAGUUGAAGCCCUGAAACUGUGAAAAAUGUCUAUUUUAGUUAUAAAAACAUUCUUCUAAGUAGCACCUUUAUUCUUUCGAGAUUUGAAGCACAUGAGGUGGUCAAGGCAAUGAAGUUAACGUUAUACCAAAAACACUUGGGUUUGUGUUUCACUCUUGUUGAUAUUAAAUGGUUAGUUUUAUUUAAAUGAAAAUUCUGUUGGAAUAACAUCAGGGUGAGUAAAUACAUUUUCAUUUUUGUGUGAAGUAUGUGUCCUGUAAAAGUUAGCAUGGGUAGCGUUCCAUCAUGUAGACAAUGUGUAGCCUAAAUCAGAUUUUACCCAUGAAUAGUAACAAUCUUUGAUCACUUUAUGGACAACACUUAUUCACUGUUACUGAUAUGGCAGGUGCGGCCAAUCCCAAUGAAUUUAGUUCUAAUAGUUAUUAUCAUAACAUUUAGUGCAUCUGAAUGUAGCGUUAGUGAGCCAAACUACAAGCGCUGAGAACUUCACUAUAUCACUGCAGGGUCAGUUUGUCUGUAUGGCUGUUUUUUCAGCAUUCAGUCUGAAUGUAAAUGAAAAUGCUGAAGCACUUUUGUCUAUGCUGUCUUCCUGAGUCAUGGCCCCCAAAAUUUUCCCUAUCUUUAUAAUGAAUUUCAUGUUUGUAUUUGUGUCUCUUAUGGUGAUGUUUUUUCUUUUUUCUUUUUAAGUUUCAUAUUGUUCCUGUAGUAUCAAAGGACAAAGUAGUUUAUGAUUGACAGAAAAAGGCAAGAUAAAUAGCUUUUCAGUGUUAUGCAUGUCAGCUAGUUUAGUAUGCAUUUUUAAAGUGUUUCCAUGAGCUGUAGCAGUGAUGCAACUGUGAAGGCAACCGAUUUUUAUUGUCACUGUGCAAGCAAAGCACUGUUCACAUCCUUCAUAGACUGGGAAAAAAGAGAUUUCACAUGCUUAAAUCUCGUGAAGAAAUGUCAAGGUCAUUUUUCGCCCCAAAAAUAAAAUAAAAUAUAAAAAAUAAUAUACAGCUUAAAAUAAAUAUUAAACUAAAAAACUAUUUUAGGACCAUUAAGGACUUUUUGCAUUAUUUUCAAUCAAAUUCCCAUUACUACUGUUAUUUUUACAGUAUAUCACAUAUUUUGUGUUCACAUUACAAUAAUAAUUUUGACAAUUUUUCUUUGCAUAAAGGCAAUGAGAAUUUGAGGGUGAAUAUUAAGCGCAUUUUUCACUCAUACCCAUUACUGCUCUUUUAUGUCAUACUUUGUUUUCAAAUUACGGUAAUUAUUUUUAGGGACAUUUCCUUAUGGUAAUGAAAAUUUGAGAGAAAAAAUGAAGCACACUUUUCACUGAAAACCCCAUUACUGCUGUUAUUCUCAUUAAUAUGUCAUAUUUUGUGUUCGCAUUACGGUAAUCAUUUUUACAGACAAUUUUUCUUUGCAUGACCGUAAUGAGAAGUUGGGGGUGAAAAUUAAGCGCACUUUCACUCAAAUACCUAUGACUGCUCUCAUUUUUCUUAAUAUGUCACAUUUUGUGUUUGCAUUACGGUAACAAGAUUUUGAUUUAACCUUUGCAUUAAGCUAUUGAGAAUUUGAGGUUGACGUGUUUAACUGUCAUGAAAAUAAUUUUACAAUGCUAUAUAUUUUAGUAGUCAUAAAAUAGAUUUUUUCGUACUUUUUCUCUUGAAAUUUUGAUUGAAAAUUGACCCGGACAUCUUGACCGUUUUCUUGAUAUUCCUCCACAUUUACUCAAAGGAAAGCCAUGUUUAUGAAUUGGCAGAACCGUAGCUUGCUCUUCAUGUGUGUGAACAGUUUUUAUGUCGUGUGUAGUAUUAGUCUUGUUUCAAAGCUUGUGUAUUUGACAUCUGCUCCUGUUGGCAGCCCAUUUAGACCCAAUCAAACAUGAUGCAUGCUGUAUAUACACUGUGACACCAACUACCCUACUGAUCCAAAGAUGUUAUUCACAACCCAUUUUAAUCACUUGAACAUGGCCAUAUUUUGGUUGGUGUUGCCUUAAGGCUGCACUGGUGGCCGCUGGUUGUUUAUGACUCAUGAUGGGUGAAUCUGUAAUCAACCACAAUGGUUUUCUGGUUACUGUGUUCAUGACUUUAGCUUUGUGAGGUGUCACUUUAUGCAGGCAAACAGCUUCUCAAAUGAAGACUUAAUAAUUACUGAUAAUAAUCAUAAGAACAUCUUAUGGGACUCAUCUUGCAGGACUCGAGAUGAUGUGUAAAACCUCAUGUCAUUUGAUGUGUUGAAUGGAAAGAAGCAAAUAAAAUCCUUGAAUAAAGUUUAUUAAACAGUC